AUAUGGAUCUUGCUGAGCAUUAAAACUUACAAUUGAUCUAGCUAGACUAAAUUGUAAUUGUUUGGAGCUGUAGAUCCAUCCUAUCCUGUUUCUUUCUUUCUUUCAAUGAAUCGUCAAAAAAACAUGGCUUUAAACAAGAAGUUUCAGCACCUAAAAAUAGAGCUAAAAGCAAUUAUAAAGGCAACCAACAAUUUUUCUGAGAAAAAUUGCAUAGGCAAUGGAGGAUUCGGAAACGUGUACAAGGGAGAACUCACGCACUCCGAGGGGCGUACCACGGUCGCGAUUAAGGUUUUAGAUCCUAAAUUUGGACAAGGCAAUCGGGAGUUUUGGAAGGAGGUUAUGUUGCUUUCGCACUACAAACAUCCAAAUGUUGCGUCUCUUUUGGGGUUUUGUGACGAAGGCAUCCAAAAAAUCCUUGUGUACGAGUUUGCGUUUUGGAGCAGCCUCGACGGCCAUCUAGGUAAAAAUUUUACAUGGGUCCAACGUCUUAAUAUAUGCAUUGGGGCAGCUCGGGGAUUAGCGUACCUUCAUAAUCCUGACGGGGGCCAAAAAAGAGUCUUGCACCGUGAUAUUAAAAGUUCAAAUAUCUUAUUAAAUGAAAACUUUAAAGCCAUGAUUGCGGAUUUUGGUCUUUCCAAAAUUGGUCCUGCUAACCAACAAGACACAUAUCUUGUUACCGAAGCUGUAGGCACAUCUGGGUAUUGUGACCCAAAUUAUAUUGCUACGGGGUUAUUAACAAAAGAGUCGGAUGUUUACUCUUUUGGUGUUGUGUUAUUUGAAGUUAUUUGUGGAAGAUUGUGUGCCAGCAACAAUAAUACUUGUUCUUUAAUAAAACUGGCACGAGAUCACUAUGACCAAAAGAAAAUGAAGGAUAUCAUACAUCAAAGUAUAAAGGAUGAAAUAAAUCCUGAAUCACUGAAUGUGUUCACAACAAUUGCGUAUCAAUGUUUGAAUGAUAAUUAUGAAGAACGCCCAUUAAUGACUGAGGUCGUGAGAGACCUUGAGAAUGCGCUGCGAUUUCAAGAAAAUGGAAAUGUCAUUAUCAGGGGAGAGCUUCUUAGUGUCAAACCUCCAAAGAUUCAUUUCCCAUUUGAAUCGAUGAAAGAAAUCUCAACUUCGAUGCAACUAAGGAAUAGAACAUAUAGUAACGUCGCAUUUAAGGUGAAAAGUACAAGACGGAAUACAUAUGCUGCUCUGCCCCCAACCGGGAUUUUGUUGCCUCAAUCUACUUGCCAAAUCAAACUUACAAUGCAGCCUGAAAAGGAGAAUCCUGAUCAUGACACGCAACGCAAUGACAAGUAUUUAGUUCAAAGUGCAGUUGUAAAACCAGGAGUCACACUAGAAGAGAUUACUCCAGUGAUGUUUAACAAGGAAUCAGGUAACCAAGUAUGGGAAUGCACGAUAGAUGUUAUUUUUGUUGAUCCUAAACUGCCUCAGAUACGAAUAAUAGAAGAGGAUGUCCUUCCAACGACUUCAAUAUCUGAUGCUGGGACAGUAAAUUUGAGCAGCUCUAAUACUUUUAAUAAGGAAUCUGGUAAUCAAGUGGAGGAACGCAAGUUACACGUUAAAAAUGUUGAUCCACAUCAACCAUCGUCAUCAGCAACAGAAGAUGAGAAGAAGGUCCUCUCGAAGAGGACCAUUUUCUCACACAGCCGCAAUGAUGAGGUAUCCGGUAAGAAUUCAUUCAAUGAUCUUCAAGAAAACAGUAAGGGCGCCCAUAUGAGAGGCCUUCUUAGUAUCGAACCCAACGAGCUUCUAUUUCCAUUUGAAUUGAUGAAGGAGAUCUCAAUUUCCCUGCAGCUAAAGAAUAAAACGGGUAGUCAUGUAGCUUUUAAGGUGAAAACCACGGAACCAAAUAAGUAUGCUGCGGAUCCAACUACUGGGAUUUUGUUGCCUAACUCUACUAGAAAUGUUUCAUUUACAAUGCAAGCUCAAAAAGAGGCACCCCUAGACAUGGAAUGCAAUGAUAAGUAUAUGCUUCAAAGUGCAGUGGUUAAUCCAGAAUUCCUGUUAAAAGAUAUCACUAGAGAGCUGUUUAAUAAGGAAUCGGGUAAUCAAGUGGAGACAUGCAUAUUAAACGUUAGAUAUGUUGCUCCACAUCAAGCACCGUCAUCAGUUAGUGAAGCUCGAAAGAAGGUCUUCUCCAAGAGUGGCAAUAUCAGACCCAUUCGAUAUGAUAUGGAUGAUUUCCACAGCUUUUGAAGAACCACACUUAAAAUAGCUAUCAUCAUAGGGUCAUUUUUGGUCGUGGCUGCGUUUAUUCUGUUAGAAGAUGAUAUGCAAUGCAUAGCUACCGGUCAAAUUUAACAUCUCUUCAUACAAAUUAAAAGGCCUCCAAACAGAGUAAGGGCGUGUUUGUUAAAUUUCCAUUAAGUGUUGUGUGAAUUAAGUGUCUGUCUGGAUUUAGUGUGUCUGAGACGGGUAAGACGAUAAAUAAAUAAUUGUUGUUUGUUUUGUGUGCUGAA